CAACCUGCUAAUGCAGGUGAACAAUAGUCACGUGGCUCCACGUGACCUUGUUAGUUAAAGGCACCCACACUUUCCCCCCCAAAAACAUAAUCUCACACUCUCUUCCUCCUUCCUACCUUCUGCGAAAAACCCAAACUUUCCUCCUUCGAAAUUUGCAAAUCUCCCAUGGCAGCACAACACUCAUCAGGAUCCAGCAAUUCAAGGGGGAGUGGAAGAGAGGUUCAACUGAAAUGCUACCAUAACAUCCCAGCAAGACAAAGAACCUGCAAACAUGGAGCGAACAUGGGGAAAAAAUUUUUGGGUUGUUCUAAGUGGCCUGGCACAUCUGAUUGUGGGUUCUUCAAAUGGGAGGAGGACAAUGAAGGACAAUGCCAUGGAUGUGAGUUUUUGCAGAUGAAGUUAUUGGAGCAAUACAUAAUAAUUGGUGAAUUUGAAUUGCAGUUCAAAACUGUGGAGGAAAAGUUACAGAAGUUGAAAUUGAAGAAAGAGAAGAUGGAGGAAGCAAUGCACAGUAUGAGUGAUGAAAUGUUGAAGAUGCGUUUUGAGAGUUUGAAGACUGCCAAAGGGGAAAAUUAUGCUGUAAUUGCUUUAGGCUUGUCAUGGGUUCUCUUUGUAAUCCUUGCAAUUUGGUUGUACUAAAUUAAGCUUGCAAUUUGGUUGUACUAAAUUAACCUUGCUAGUAAUGAAUUAAGGUUAGAAGUAGGUUUUGGUUGGUUGUAUC